AUGGUCCUCACGACGUCAUACUCCAGUGGCGCCGCUAUCAUCUAUCCGGUGGCUGAGCCUACUAUCACAAGCUCCAAUUCGGCUUCUCCCACUGGGGCCAGUCAUGGACACGGUGGCCUAUCAACUAGUGCAAAGAUUGGAAUCGGUGUCGGCGCCGCAGUCGGCGGUGUCCUACUCCUCGUCCUCAUUGCACUAGCUGUCUGGCGCAUGCGGAAGAGCCGCGCCGACCACGUCGACACCUCCCAGAACACGGGAGACUGGGACAUGGUCGAUGCAAACAGACUGCCACCGCCUCCGCCAGUGCCGACAGUGCCCGUGGUGUAUACUGCGUACCACGAGAAGGAGCCUACGAGUCCCGGGCCCUCCAUCGCCACAACGGCCGUGGCGUCUUCGACUCCGCAAUAUCCCUCACAGGCGGAGCUUCAUGGACAGUCGCACGUGCGGAGCUUUGGUAGUGCGCAGGAGCUGGAUAGCUAUACGCAGAGCUAUAGGACGGUGUCACCGAUGCAGGAGCUGUAUGGCUCACCGACUUCGCCGUCAGAGCUGAGCCAUGAUCCCCUGACGCAGCCAACGCAGGUAUAUUACCCACCUGUGCCGUAUCGUGCUGGUGCGCAAAGUCCUGGAUGGCAUUAA